AUGGCCAGGCUUGGGGACGGCGUUCCGGAUGGAGAGAUCCGCCAGGAUGGGGACCGCGCCGAGAGCACCGAGGGGACCGGAGGGGAGGGACGGUUCCCGGCAGCGAGCAGUCUCCGCCCCUACCCACCCACCCACCCCCAGGCCUGGCUCCCACGUCCCCUCGGUCCCCCUUCCUUUCUAUCUCUCUGCCCGGCUCGGUGGCUUCGCCAGGGCCUGGAGUCGUCCUCCCCCGCGGUGCGUGCCAGCCCACCUGUGGGGGGGUGGGGAGGUGGUCUCACCUCCGGCUGGGGUGCCGAGCGAGGCGCGAUCCGACGGGCUCCGCCGAGGGACCAGGCCGCCCCUAGCUGGCCGAGGCGGCUGCCAUGCCAGCCGAGCGCUCGCCCGCCCGGGGGGAAUGUGCGGCUGGAGGCGACCCCGAGCGGCGGCGGCUCCUCGCGCGCUCGGGCCCCCUGCCAGGGGCGGCGUGUGCCGGCGGAGCCCGCCUCUCCCCCACCCCCCGCCACGCACGGCCACACCUCGCCUCCGCCACCGGCCCCUCACCCCACCCCCUGCGCUGUCACCAACCCUCCCCAAGCACGCUUUCUUCCAUCCAUCCAACCCGAGGAGAAAAAUAAAAAUAAAUAA